CCCUGCGCAUCCACUAAAGCGCCACCGACAUAGGCUACCAUGCGAAAGAAGGCGCUUUAUAUGAGAGCCAAUAAUACAGAUAGCCAACAACAUUUUUAAAGGUAUUUUUCUAAACGGUAUGAAUAGUUGUUGUAUUACCUACUAACUGAAUGUUGGCUCUGCCCUAUUUUGUGUAAACGUACUUCCUGACUAUAAGGUAUAGAGAGAUAGGCAACGUCGGCCCAGCAUCAUGGUGGCUGGCGAGUUAGUACAGGAGCAUUUGCGGCUUGACAACGCAUCUGAAAUCGACAUCAAGACCCCGGUGCAUAACGGAGUAGUCCCAACCCGGGAUCAGUACUCCGACCUAACGAAUGGAGCGGCACAUCUGGCAGAACUGGACUCGAAGGCGUUGGAACAGGAGAUACCUCCAGAUGAGAAACAGGCUAUGCUUCCUGGAGAUGAAAAAUGUAUCGAAACUAAGCUCUUUUGGAGAAGAUUCGCCGUUUUAGCUGUGUUCAGCCUCUACUCCCUCGUCAACGCAUUUCAAUGGAUCCAGUACAGCAUCAUCACCAACAUUUUCGCCCACUUCUACAAUGUAUCCAGCGACAAGAUCGAUUGGCUAUCAAUUGUAUACAUGGUGGCGUAUGUGCCUUUGAUCUUCCCCGCAACAUGGUUACUGGAUAAAAAAGGACUGAAAUUGACAGCCCUUAUGGGCGCGGGUUUGAACUGCGUCGGUGCGUGGGUGAAAUGCGCCAGCGUCCGGCCCGAUCUGUUCGGUGUGACAAUGACCGGACAGAUAAUAUGUUCCGUAGCCCAAGUCUUCAUCCUCGGGCUGCCCUCUAGGAUUGCAUCAGUGUGGUUUGGCCCGAAGGAGGUGUCUACCGCAUGUGCAACAGCCGUGCUAGGUAACCAGCUGGGCGUUGCUAUUGGCUUCCUGCUUCCCCCUGUCCUGGUCCCCAACACCGUGGAAGACAUAAAGCUGAUGGGACACAACAUCAGCGUUAUGUUUUAUGGGACGGCUGUUGUCUCCACUGCUCUGUUUAUCUUGACUGUAAUUGUCAUGGAAGACAGACCCCCACUACCUCCCAGCCAAGCUCAGGCUGUCCUACUUGACUGUGCUCCUGAAGACUACUCCUACCGACAGUCCAUCAUCAACCUGUUCAAGAACAAACCUUUCAUCCUACUGCUCAUCAGUUAUGGUGUCAUGACUGGUUCUUUCUACUCUGUGUCAACACUUCUCAAUCAGAUGAUUAUGGCUUGUUACGAGAACCAGGAGCUGAAUGCAGGCAGGAUUGGCCUGACCCUGGUGGUGGCUGGAAUGGUGGGCUCCAUCAUCUGUGGACUGUGGCUGGACCACACCAAAACCUACAAAAUGACCACUCUGAUAGUGUACAUCCUGUCUUUCAUUGGUAUGGUGCUGUUCAGCUUCACUCUGAACCUCAACCGUAUUUACCUGGUGUUCUUCACUGCUGGGGUGCUGGGGUUCUUCAUGACAGGUUACCUUCCACUUGGCUUUGAGUUUGGGGUUGAAAUUACAUAUCCUGAAUCAGAAGGGACAUCCUCUGGUCUCCUUAAUGCUUUUGCACAGAUCUUUGGGAUUCUUUUUACUUUGAUCCAGGGGAAACUGACAACAAACUAUAGGCCCCUGGCUGGGAACCUGUUCCUCUGUGUCUGGAUCUUCCUGGGUAUCUUUCUCACAGCCUUAAUCAAAUCAGAACUGAAAAGGAACAAUGUCAACAUGGGCAUUGACAGCAAAACUCUUCAAGCAGUCACUACUAAGUGCCUAUCAGACAAGCCAACCAAUGGCAGCCAGAUGGAAACAUCAGUCAGCUUUUCCCAGGAGACCUCACUGUAACCCAAAGAGGUCGCUUAACAAUCUACUGAACAUUUCGGAGGCCUACAGCGCAUUCCACAAAGUUUCCUGAGGUUACUUGAAAUCUCCCUUUUCUCUGGAUUGUAUCUUGUAAUGUGUUAUUAUGAUAAUGUUUUUACUGUAGUGGUUUUAGCUGAGCCAUGAUUUGUUUACAGAAAGGUAAAACUAUAAGCACCCAAAUAUACCUUUCAGACUUCCCAUAGUCCCCCUGCUUCUUCUGCUUGAUGAUCCACUACUGUCUCUACAAUCACCAUCAUCUCUGGUUCAUGAAGUGGUGCUUAAUUUAAACCUAUUUAAGGCAUUAUACAGAACCACACGGGAGCAUAGAAUGUAGGAUCUCUGACCUGCCUUGGCCUGUGAGGAUGAUCAUUGUUACUUCUUGUCUUGAGAUUUAAGCCAUUCGUACAAAUAUGGACCAAAUAUGACACACAAGGUGCAAGGCAUAUGGCAAAUGUGCAACAUGCACAGUCUACUUUUCUGUAUAUUACUAACAUGAAUGCUUUUGAGAGUGUUAAAACAUUGAUACGUUUGUUGAAUACAUGGCACAGAUAAUUGUUCUGCCGAGAUAGGUAGCUAAUGGUAUAGCAGCGCCACCUAGAGGGAUAUUGUGGAAAUACUAAGAAUGCUGUGUGGAUGAUGAAGCACAAACAGGAGUCAUAAUGACUGUAGCAUCACAAUUCAAACAUCUCCAAACCUUCAUAGGAGCUUAUAUAGCUCACUCUGUGUCUUUAAGGACUAUGCCCAGUAGCCAUCUCCCAGCACAUUUCUAAACCACUAUAUUGGCUCUUGUAUUUCCUUUGUUUUAACAGGAAUAAUUCCUCUCGUCCAAUCAUUAAUCAGAAGAUCCAAUCCACAGGCGUUUGUUUAUAUGUUAUCCUGCUUCCUGCAGGAUAUGUGCUUAUAAUUAUUCAUAUUUGAGUGUCAGAGCGAAUGUUAUUAUUUAGCUACUUAUGACGAGAAAAAAUAUUUAUUUGGUUGA